GCAUGCAAUUCCGGUCGUGUGGCGAUUUUCGGUGCUGUCCGUGUAUGUGCGGUCCCUUCGUCCCUUGGACGGCAACGGAAUAUGCGGCUUCCUCAAUGGAACUUCGGAGGACGUUGUCCUACACGGGAAUGUUUCCUUGGCCGAGUCACCGACGCCUGUCGCGACACAAAGUAACAUGUUGAUGAAAAUGAAGUGCAUUGGUCUCAGGGUUCCAUUUCUCCCAUCAAACAUACAGACAGAGAUUCACUCUGGGGCGAUAAACGUUCGUUCGCGACCCGAAGAGUUACAUUGCUCGUCGUCUGAGAGACGUACGAAAUGCUGCAGUCUCGUCUCGUAACACUCCGCUCGGUUAGACGGCUCCGAACGUCACUAUUUCCGAAAGGAGCAAGUGGAUGAUGGAGUCCGAAAUCAGAGUAUCAGUGCAGAGCGGAGAGGCUUAACCUGAUCGCGGGUUGCACCUAGCAACAAUGGCCUCUACAGUCAUCAGGCUGUGCCUGCGUGCCGUUAUUUAUUUAGCUGGAUGCUCGAGGAUGGGAACACACUGUCCUGACGACUGUCAAGCGCAUAUAGCUGUCUUGUGGUCCCCUCUCCGCUCUUCCCACUGUCCAAAGCACCUCCUUCCCUUCUCAGACACUGGAGAGCCUAUAGCCGACCUAUUUUUGAUCCUGUGAUGCGCGCUGAACGCCAACGUUUACACAUAGACCCUUAUUACUGUCCACCGCUGACUGAUGGCUAUGAUCCCAACUCUCCUCAGUCUUCGCCCUCGCCAUCUUUCUUUUUCUCCCCACCGACCGACAUGUUGUCCACCGUGUCGCGCUCCUCGGCGAGCACUGCGCCCGAAUGGAGGUUGUGCUUCGUCCUGUGCCUAUACGACUUUGCUCCGACAGACCCGGACCAUUUGCCUUUCCGGAAGAAUGAGAUCCUCGAGAUCGUUGAGAAGGAAGAGUCGGGCUGGUGGGCUGCGCUGCGUGACAACCGAAUAGGAUGGGUGCCAAGUGCGUUCGUCGCGGAACUUUCGAACGACGCUGCAGAUUGGUUGUUGAAUGUGAGGGAAGAGCUUCGCGUUUGCGAGUAUGAGGCCGAGAAACUCUUCGCAGCGGAACCUGUUCACGGCGUCUCCCGCUUCGUGGACUCUACGAUGUCUCCUGUUUCUGCUCGUGGGCAUGGGUAUAACGCUCUUGACGAUGACAACUGGGUUCCCAUACUUGAGCCCGGAAGGAAGGCGCCUUUCUUGCAAUCCGUGUCCCCAUCGGUACAUGUCGUGACGGAUUUCCCUGACGAUGUUGGACCCCUGUCAAGCAUCAGCCCUCAUUCACAUGUGCAAAUCGAUGCAUACUCAAUAGAAGCCGAGCUUGGUUCUACGCCGAAUAAAGGCUCGUUGGCAUCGUCGGUGGUAUAUCCACGGUCGCCAAACACGCCGAUGCCACAGUUGGUUCGACCUGAUCUGACCGCAUUGCAGAUCAACAAACCAACACCUCCAACACCUCCAGCUCCCUCAUAUAACUCACCUUCUUGCGCUUCCCCUCGAUCACCUCUCAACCGAAGUCGCUCAGACUCGUCACCUUCUCUGCAAACUAGACACGCACGACGACGGCCCAUCAUGGUUAACGACUUCAAAUCAUUAUCGCGUCUGUCUGUGUUCUUGGACUCGCCGCACCCUGACACAGUCGCGACUGCGGCCGACGAGCUCCAGAGUGCCUUCGAGGAUGUCCGACCACCGUCGACGCCUCGACGUUCGGAUAAAGUUAAGCAACUCACAGGAGACGAUGAAGCGCAAGCAUUUCAUAAUUCGAAGGUCGCUCAGGCGAGCUUACCGUGGUACUUGCGACCAUCAUAUUCUCCUGACGACAUCAAGCUUGAGUACGAUGGGAGCGUGCGCGCGGGUACACUUCCCGCUUUAGUUGAACGUUUGACUGCUGAUCCUCUGAAAAUGGCCGAGGAGAAGUUGUACAGAGACGUUUGCCUUACGACUUUCAGCACUUUUACGACCGCGACCGAUCUGUUCCUCCUUCUCGUUGACCGUUAUGAAAUGGAAUACCCCAGUUCUUUGACUCAAGCGGAAGCUGUUGAAUGGCGGGAAAAGAGAUUAAGGCCCGUACAGAAGCGAGUCCUUGCUAUUCUGACCAUGUGGGUGGAAGACCAUGGGAUGCUGCAAGACGACCCGCAUGUGGUUCUAAGAUUGAGGGAAUUCUUAAGCAUGAUCAUCUCACCACCAACUUUGGCCCUCUCUGCAAAGCUGCUUUUACAAUCCAUAGACAAGCUGUCAAAUGCAACUGCACAAACGAACCUUCCCCCACCUGCUCCUUUGACUCCUGUCAAACGACGCAAACACAACCGCAUACCGAAGAACGAACUUACGCGAUUCGAACCGGCGGAUAUCGCGGCUCAGCUCAUGCUUUUUGAGCAUAGGCUGUACGUGAAGAUCCGGCCUCGCGAGUGUCUACUUUGGGCGAAGAAUCAAAUGGGCGAUGGUGUUGUGAAUCUAAGUGCGUUUUGUGCGACGCACGAUCGAAUUGCAGCAUGGGUACAGAGCAGCGUACUUGGACACGAGGGUCUUGGAAAGCGGGCUGAUGCGGUGGAGUAUUGGAUUAAAGUCGCCGAGAAAUGCCGUGCCAUAAAUAACUUCUCGUCCAUGAGCGCCAUCAUCGCAGCACUGUCAAGUGCCGUCCUCGCCCGCCUGCACCUCACAUGGGCACACGUCGGUCGAACGCACCAAUUCGAGACUUUACAACGCCUGAACGAGCCAACAGGGAACUUCACCACCUACCGCGCGAUGCUUCAAUCAAUCGACGGACCAUGCGUCCCCUUCAUCGGGAUCUUCCUCACAGACAUCGUACACAUCCAAGACCACAUGAGAGAUAACGUGCAAUUCCCACUUUCGACCGCGAAGGCACAUAGGAUUGUACGGGCCGUGUCGCCUUCGCCUUCCGAACCUCAACCGGAUCGUUCUCAUUCUCAUCAUCAUCAUCACCCUUUUGCCAAUGCCGCACCUCCGCUGGCAAGCCCCGUACCGUCAUUCUUGACGGGCCUUCCUUCACCAUGCUCCGUAAUGUCCUGUCCUGCCGCUCCGGGUGCAGGAGGAACCUACACUUCCGCCCCACUCGGUCCUCCACUCAUCAACUUUGUCAAACGUCAGAAAUUCUACGACGCUAUUCGUGCAGUCGUUCGUUUUCAAGGGAAAGCGCCUAACGUAGUGGAGGAUUCGACCGUAAUGGCUUUUAUCAACGAGCAACUUACGAUUGGUGCUGCGAAGCUAAAGGAACCUUCAGCGUUUUGGACGAGGAGUCAGGAGUUGCAAGCGAGUGAGAUUUCACAUGCGGAUAUUCGGAAGGGUCUUGAGGCUGCUGGGUUUUGAUUCUGACAAGCCGAUUGUUUGUUACUUCGAGUUUCUGAAAUUCUCUUUUUUCGUUUUUCGUUUUUCGUUUUUCGUUUUUCGUUUUUCUUUCUUGUUACCACUUUGGGCUUGGGUAUUAUCAUCGAGUAAAUGUAAACUUAUUUUGUAUCUCCUCUUCGCAUUUCUCUUUCUCGAAUCAUC